AUGGAACCUAGAGCUACUUGUUGGAAGCAUUUUGACAAGUUCACCGAUGAAAGUGGAGCUAAGAAAGCCAAAUGCAAGUAUUGUGCGAAAACUUAUGCAGCUUCUACAUCAAGUAACGGUACGUCAUCAAUGAAUACUCAUAUGAGAACAUGUCCUAAAUUUCCUCGUGACACCAUAGAUAAAGGUCAAAAUGUAAUUAAUUUUCUACCAUCUUCAAUGGGAGCAAAGGAAGGAGUGAUUAGCACUUGGAAAUUUGACCAAGCACAAAGUAGGAGAGCUUUAGCCAAAAUGAUAAUUGUUGACGAGCUACCGUUUAGUUUUGUUGAGAAAGAGGGCUUUAAAAACUUCAUGAGAGUUACAGUGCCACAAUUUCAUAUUCCUUCUCGUAGAACCGUGACAAGAGAUUGUUAUGAAUUAUACCUUGAAGAAAGACAACUUUUAAAGAAGGUUUUCAAAGAAGCACGUCCAAGAGUUUGUCUUACGACAGAUACUUGGACCUCUAUACAAAAAAUCAACUACAUGUGUCUGACAGCCCACUUUAUAGAUAGAAAUUGGACUUUGCAUAAAAGAAUAAUAACUUUUUGUCCUAUUUCUAGUCAUAAGGGCGGGGAUAUGGCGGCUUGCAUUACUAAUUGUUUGCUUGAAUGGGGUUUGGAUAAUGUGUUUACUAUUACAGUUGAUAAUGCUAGUUCUAAUGAUGUUACUGUGAAAGAAAUGUCUAAACAAUUGAGUAAUUGGGGAACUAACAUUAUGGAUGGUGACCAUCUUCAUGUGAGGUGUAUGGCACAUAUCCUUAAUCUUAUUGUGCAAGAUGAGUUGAAGGAAAUUGGUAAGUCUAUCAAGCUAGUGAGACAAGCCGUGAAAUACAUUAAACAAUCUCCCGCAAGAAUUCGAAAGUUCAAAGAAUGUUGUGAAUCUCAAUUGAUAACUUGUAAGAAAUCAUUAUGUUUAGAUGUUCCUACUAGGUGGAACUCUACAUAUUUGAUGCUCGAUGUAGCACAACAUUUUGAGCUUGCAUUUGAAAGAUAUAGUUUUUAUGAUAUUGGAUACUUGAACCAUUUUCGUACCUUUGGUUCUAAUUCUUCUGAAGGUGAAGAUGGAACUAGUGCAAAAGAUGGAACUAGUGUAGAUAUUCUUACAAGUGUUGACUGGAAAAAUAUGAGGUCAAUAGUGAAAUUUCUUGAAACUUUUUAUGUACUUACUUUGAAGGUCUCUGGUUCUAAUUAUGUCACUAGCAAUACACACUUUGUUGAAAUUGCUGAACUUAAUCUUAUUUUGAAAGAGAUGAUGGAAAAUGAAGAUGGUAAUUUGAAAGAAAUGGCAAAAGGUAUGAAGGAAAAGUUCAAAAAGUAUUGGGGUGAACCACAUAAAAUGAACAAGAUGAUCUUUAUUUCAUCCGUGUUGGAUCCCCGUAACAAGCUUGAUUAUGUUCCAUUUGCAAUUAGGGAUAUGUUUGGAAAAGAAGUUGGGGAUGAGCUAUGUUCAGAAGUGAAAAAAUACAUGAACAAAUUAUUUGAUUAUUAUGUUGAGAAAUCCUCAAACAGCUCUUUACAUGUACCAUCUUCACCCACUUCAUCUAGCAACUCAUCAAUUAUAUCUAGUGUGAAUGGUUCUGGCAACUUUGUAAAUAGAGGAAGAAUGAGAACGAAACAACAAUUUGAGAAGCAUAAAGAAGUUAGUGGAAGUUCAGGUAGUAAAUCAGAAUUGGAAAGAUAUCUUGCUGAAGAUAUUGAGCCAGAUAAUGAUGGCUUUGAUAUAUUAAUGUGGUGGAAAGUAAAUGAGCCGAGAUUUCCUAUUCUCGCGGAGAUGGUUCGUGAUGUGUUAGCCAUUCCCAUUUCAAGUGUCGCAUCAGAAUGUGUAUUCAGCACAGAAGGUCGUGUUCUUGAUCCCUUUAGGAGUUCAUUAACUCCUAAACUUGUGCAAUCUCUUAUUUGUGUUCAAGAUUGUCUUAGAAGUGAGCCUUUUCAAAUCAAUAUUGAAGAAGAUUUAGAGUAUCUUGAGAAACUUGAACUUGUGUCAGUGUUUUUGGUAUCUCCGCAGAGUCAAUGCAGUGUUCUUAUGAUACAAGAGGCAACAGUGUCCCGACUAUUCUCUUGCUGGACUUUUCAGUCUACUGGCAGCUGGACGUUUCAGUUUAGUGGUGCUGGGCACAAGCAUUGGCUCUCAACAUCCUCAAGUCCUGUAACUUUGGGGGAUCAAUGUUGUUAUCGCGAAACUGAUCGGCGAUUCACCGACUUCCCCUUUCCUGUCGCCGACUUGGUUUCUUCCCUCAUAACUGUCACAGUGGAACUUUAG